UCAGGUGCCACAGGCACAACGGCCGACUGGAUAUCGGCCAUUUGCUCGCUCAUAGCGGUGGUUCUGACCCUGAUCACCCUCAUCACCGUGUGGUUCGCGUCGGAUCAGAUACUCACCCGCCAUCGCUUGGGUCUUUCGAAGCAGUGUCUUGGCCCAUGGAAGUCAAUCGUGGUUUUACCCUCUGCCCUACGGAUGCAAACGCGAAUUAUGACGCCAACUCUCAGCGUCCCCCUGCUAGUUGCGAACAAUUGGCAGCCAAAGUUCUCAUCUCCCGUCGCUUUCGACAGUGAGUCGAAGGGCCCGAACUCAGACCCGGAAGGGGGCGGGAUGGUGCUCGUACAGGCGAGUUGGGUCAGCUUCUUAGAGGGUCUCGGAAUGAGUCCGGAAAAUGGUAAAGGCUUUUACAAGAUGCGAUACGAAUCCGAGUCGGUGAACGGGAUUGUUCCAGUGCGGUGGAAAGGGCGUGACUUGGCCGCUAUCUGUUCAAUUCUUGGCUUUCAGUCGACUAAAAGCAAGCCAAACUCUAAGAAGCUUAUGGAGCUCCCGACCCAGUGGUCUGGGCCUUUGGGUUGGUUGCAGUUUAGGCCCGGCCCUGGCGGAUGUAUUGUCGAAUACCGUAGGAGAUCAAUGACUAAGGACCAACUCCCCACAGAAUCCCACGACUAUUACCGGGCUCUGGAUGUGGAAAUCCGACCCUUCAAGUUCAAGUCAAGGCUCUGGCAAUCGAUAGACGGGAUGAAUCUUUCCGACAACGAAGUUAUCUCUCUCUCCGACACUUCGGAGUGCGCCGAGAAGAUGAGGGACCGCGGAAGAAAUAAAGAGCAGUCUGUUGAUGCGAUAUGUGACGAGGGCCUAGAAUGCGGGGGAGAAUUGGCGGGCGGAGGGGUGGGGCGGGGGACACUCGGCAGAGGGGUCGACGGUCCUCGAGGCCUUCCCGACGAAAAUUUCGAGGAUGGGAUGCCCCAAGUAUCUCCUCAGCCCACAUUCGGUAUAUCCGAUCACCUCAGAAAUCCCAGUUCGGACGUGAAAGCUAUGGAGGACAACUCUAACAAGGUGGUCAUACUACGCCCCUCUCGUGGUCACCGUUCCUCAGCGAUAGAAGGAGAACUUGUCUAUAGCAGGGGUCUGGGAAAAUAUCGUACCCACGAGUACUCAUACACCUACACUGACGGGGAAGGAGUCGCUGAAAUUUAUAAGCAUAAAAUUGGCUGCCUCCGUAUGGAUACCCACCUACUGGCCCUUAUGAAGAAAGCCGUUCUUCAGAUAGAACCCGAUGGUUUCCACUUUUCGCCGUCAAAGCUCCUCAACUUCCAGGUAACUCAGAUCUGGAGCCACGCCUCCUCGAUAUCGGAAAGACGUUUGGGCCAGGACUGCAUAUUCCCUGUUGGCCCCCUUGGUGACUGGGCUACGGAAAGCCUGUCCAGAUGGACGAGCAAAGACACUCCCGAAGAACGGCUUCACAAGGCGAUAAAUCUCGUCAACCACCUUCAGCGGAUCAAAAGUACCUCCCGCGCAAUGUUUACGAUGGCGGACCUGGGAUUAAUCUCUAAAGCAUCCGUGUCACUCCGU